UUGCGGCAGCAGGGAGAGCUCGAGGAGAAAGCAAGCGAAGAACGUCGCCGCCUCGCGAGCCCUUUCCCCCGCAAUAAUCCGCGGAUUUUCGCCACUUCGGGCGCAUCGACCCCCGCGGCGUUGUCGUAUCCCCGCUUGGCGUCGUGAAUGAGCUUGUGUCCGACGUUUCCCAAGCGCGAGUCGCCACCUUGAUGCGGCGGGAUGGCCACAGUGCCGCCUGGGCCUAGUAGCGCACUGCCCGCAUCCCCGGCUGAAAGUGCCCCUUUCCCCGGGGCUGGGGCCGAGGACGGAGGGCCGCGUCGCCCCGGGGAGGACUCCGCGUCCGGAAAACCGCUCGCCCAAGACGAGAAGACGGUCAAGAAGAAGCCGAAAAACAUGCUAACUCGAGCUAGCCCACCGGCGUUGCACCUGAAAAUGCCAGCCGGGGAACAGCAGCAGCAGCUCAACGGUUUGGCCGCUAGCCCCGCGGAGGAGCCUGGGGGAGCACCGGCGGACGGCUGUGACAGCGGCGACGACGACGACGGGACCCCGAACUGCCAACGUGAAGGCCCUCGCUCCAAAAACGGCCGCCACUCGCCGCUUGUUAACAAUAGCAUGAACGGAAUGCCGGCCCGGACGAGAACUCAGGCGGCGACGCUCGCUUCCGAGAGCUCCGGAGACUCGGAACAGCCGCAGCCGCCCUCGGACGAGCUCGCCCGGCUGGAGUUGGGCAGCUUGCCGGGGGAAGAGACCCAUGACAUUUGUUACGUGCGCUACGAGUCCGAGCUACAGAUGCCGUGGAUCAUGAGACUGAUCACCAAGGACUUGUCUGAGCCUUACUCCAUUUACACGUACAGGUACUUCAUCCAUAACUGGCCGCAGCUUUGCUUCCUGGCCAUGGUGAAGCAAGAGUGCGUCGGCGCUAUCGUGUGUAAGCUGGACAUGCACAAGAAGAUGUUCCGGCGCGGCUACAUCGCCAUGCUAGCCGUCGACUCCAAACACAGAAGGAAAAGCAUCGGUACUAAUCUGGUCAAGAAGGCCAUCUACGCCAUGGUGGAGGGCGACUGCGACGAGGUGGUCCUGGAGACGGAAAUCACCAACAAGUCCGCGUUAAAGCUAUACGAGAAUUUAGGUUUUGUUCGAGACAAGCGGCUCUUCAGAUACUACCUGAACGGCGUGGACGCGCUCAGGCUCAAACUGUGGCUACGUUGAUGUGGCCCCGUGACCCGCAAGAGGGACGGACAGACUGUCGAGCCUGCCUAAUUUACACAUACACACAAAUACGUAUGCAUCCAUACACGCACAUACACUAUUCUUACUCUCCAGAUUUUCCAUGAAGGCCCCACUUUCUCCCAUCAUGAAAAUUAAUGGAGGCGGCGAGGAGGUUUCCAGAGUCUCUGGACGACCUUGAUGAUGUUUUUCGACCUUCAGACUUUUGGCGAGGACGCACGUACGCCCGGACGGAAGAAAAACAAGUAAGCGAGGGGCUCCGAAGCCCCUCGAACUUAACGGUGGAGUUUAUUUUUGUGUUUUUUUUUUUUUUUUGUUUUUUUUUUAAAUCCUCGUUGGGGUCAAAACUGCAUACGUACACGCGUGUGCGUUUGACUGCCUGUUUGCGUGUGCGUGGAAGUUUCCUAUGUUUAUGAGUUCCCCUUUACGUCCACUUGGUGGUGCUGUUUCCGCCGUCACGUCUCCCGAGGACCGAAGCCUGUGUCGAGUUUAUUUUCUUGUUUGCGUGUUCCGAAUCACUCCACGAGCACCUCAAAGCUUACCUCCACUUUUAAACAGCUGAUUUUUCAUUUUUUUGGACAAAGUCCUGCCAUCUCCCACACGUUGAAAUGCACUGCCAACACCCGCCAAGGCCCCAAAAAAAAGUCAUACAAAUUGAAUCCAAUUGUGUAACUAUGCAGAUACACACCGAUGUUCCGCGUCACGUGCGCUUCAAAAAUUGUUCAUCUCAGACAAAAAUCUGCAUGACACUUCUUAAAGAAAACUGCGCUGUUUUGCUUUUUCCUUUAAAACAACAAACGUCAAAUGCACUUGUUUGGGAAUUGUGGUGUGUUUGUCCUAUUUUCACUUCAGGUUUUCAUCUUGAUUAGUUUGUUUGUAGUUGACUUGAAAAGAGACGAAGGUUUUUCAUUGACGUUUCCACUUGAUAGAAAUAAAACACAAUUUACUUUUGUGUUAAGGACGUUAAAAUAUAAUCUCAAUUUACCUCCGUGAAGUUAACUUACCUCCGUGAUUGCCCCCCCCCCCCCCCCAUCAGACGCAAAUUUUAAGAAAAAAUUUGUAAUUCUGUGCUGCUAUCGUUUUUGAGGUAUCAAUUAUUCUUUUAUAGGUCAAUCUGAGGUCAACCAGCCCCCCAGUUUGAUUAAAAAUGGCUAAAAAUUUCAAUAAAAAAGUUUCAGUCAUUUGUGCUGCAAAUUUUUUUUUGCGUUGCUAUCGUGUUUGUGUGACGAUGUCGCGCUCAUUUAUUGCAAAAUGGACCCGAAAUGGUACAUUCUUUUAUGCUACGUUUGUGCUGUAAAAUGUUUGAUUUUGAUAUCAUUUUACAGAUAUUCGAGUGAUGACGUCAAUCGCUGCACCGCCGUCUUCGCUGACUAAGCGUCCCAACCCUCGCAAUAACGGAGGGGUGUCACAAGUAGUGCAAAAGAAUUGCACCCCUUUGGAUCCAUUUUGCAGUAAAUGGGGGGGCUUGAGAUAUUAAUUUCGAGUGAUGACAUGACUCGCAGCCCACCCAUUCCUGCAUAAUGGACCGGAAUUGGUGCAAGUGGAAGAUGAUGAUGAUAGACAUAUUUUAAAAAGAAUGGAUUUCCAAAUGUUGCUAUGACGUACAGUUGUGGUCAAAUGUUUACAUACACUUGUGAAGAACAUAAUGUCAUGGCUCUCUUGAGUUUCCAGUUAUUUCUACAACUCAGAUUUUUCUCCGAUAGAGUGAUUGGAACAGAUACUUCUUUGUCACAAACAUUCGUGAAGUUUGGUUCUUUUAUGAUUUUAUUAUGGGUUAACAGAAAAAGUGAUGAAAUCUGCUGGGUCAAAAAUAUACAUACAUGGAUCUGAAAAAGCGAAUCAUUGACUUGAACAAG